AUGACGCACGACGCGCGAUGCCGCACCGCGCGCGAGGGCCGCCUCUCCUUUCCCUCUGGUCACAGCAGCACGGCCUUCGCGGGGUACGUUCCACCGUGUCUGUAUCUCUUGGGUCUCUUCCGUACUCUCAAGGGGGGCCGACUUUGGCUUGUCACGCUCUUGCUGCUUCCGUUGAUCUUGCCCAUCACCGUCGCCGUCUCCCGCACGACCGACUACCGCCACCACUUUGACGACAUCCUCGCCGGCUCCAUCUGUGGCUCGGUCCUCGGCGUGCUGUCGGUGGUGCUCAACUUCCGGCCAUCGACGCGCGGCGAGUGGACGCUUUCCGAUCACCCGGACGACAGCGUGGAGACUCCGGCUGUGCCGCUGUGCCCGCUCAUGGACGGCGGCGAGGCGGUGAACGAUGGCGAAUUGAUGGCGGCAGACUGCGAGCCGCCUACACCCCCUUUGCCCGCACACUCUUCUUUCUCUCGUGAUCGGCGCGGGCUGAAGAGCAUUGCGGCGCCAUCGCUGCGAAACAAGCAUGUCUCCAGCAUUAGUGCUUCAUCGAACGACGAGGUGCACUCUUGCCGCAUCCUCGCACCUGGCGGUCGGUCGCUUGAGGUGAAUGUGCCACAACGGACGAGCGCGCACAGUCUGGUCGGCGAACAGGAACUCGGAAUCAGCCGCGAGAGUCCCUCCACCGCUGCCGCCAACGAGUUGUCUGGGCUGAACAAUCGCCCCAGUGCCUUGCAGCGCCGCGAAUCGGUGGGAGAAAACUCCGUCGUGGUGCUCGUGUCUCCCAAGGGCAUGGACUAUGGCGAAAGGCUCGAGCAGAAGCAGUAG